GCCAUCUCUGUUAUCACCGCCACUAGCUUGGCCUACUUCAGAGUGUCUAUGUCCCGUCCAUCCCCCACAAAGUCAGCGAUUCUCGGGAUGGCUUCCGCUCUAAAUCAUGACAGCCCCGAAGUUGCCACGCCCUGUGAGGACCAAGAGACGUCAUUGAGUGGCUUGAACUCAAUGCCCUGCUCUUCCUCGUCCUUGUCGCCUCCUAAUCUCGGCUCUGAUCACUCAGUCCAGCGUAUGGGGAUUGGGAAUGUGAAUCCCGCUAAUGAAGGGGGUGUUGUCCGUCGUGCCGGCUUCUCCUUGUUGGCUGAAGAGCCAUCUUCUUCAUCAUCGUCAUCAUCAUGCAUUAACAAGUUCCAUUGCGGUGAGUGUCGUAGAACGUUUGCGUCUCGCGUGUAGGCUCAAGCCCAUGGCAAAACCAAAACUUGUGGAAAAAAGCUCGAAAACCCGUGUUCCGCCGAUCAUGAACACCAGCCGGUUCACCUCCAAUUCGACUCCAUGGCUGAAGCCCUGAAUUGGCGAGUGGAAAACCAGCUCGACCGAUACUUUUCGUUCAAAAGUUGUAAAAGCACCAAGGGUCUACCAGGAUCGUACCGUGUGAUGAAUUGCAACCGAAAAGCCAAGGAUAUCACCAACGACGCUAAGAAGUCGAAGAAAACUUUUCAAUGCCUGGCCAAGGUCAUUUUCAAUCAACGAGAAGUAUGCUGCUGCCAUGAUCAUCAAUCGAAAAAAUGCUCAAACGCCAAACUUCAAGUGAUGGUGUACGGCUGCUUGGCUCAUUCUCAUUCGCUGGAGAGGAGAAAUAUUCGGUUGUCGAAGAAGGUCAAAGAUCAAGCAGUAGAACUCCUCACCUCUGGGAUUCGAUCGGAUGUCGUGAUUGAAAAAUAUCUGUCAACAAAUGACCAAGACCUACAUAGCAAGCCCGUUACCUACCGCGAUGUGUACCGGAUCAAAAAGACGUGUAAUCUUGGGGGCUAUGAUGAGAAAGCUUCAGAGGUGAAAAACGUAAUGAACUUGUUGGGUGACGUAGCUUUCCACGGUUUUAACUUUGGAAAGCAAUUCACCAUGUCUUCGACGAUACCGGAAGAGAUCCAAGAGAAGGUUGCGGAAACGUCCGGCUACUUCCUCCUUACUUAUGCCAGUCCCGAAAUGCUGAAAAGGUUUCGUGACCAUUCCACGAUUAUCUCCAUUGAUGGGACCCACGGCACCAAUUCUGCCAAAUUUGUCCUCAUUUCGGUUUUGGUAUUCGAUCGUAGAGGAGAAGGCAGCCCGGUAUUCCAAGCCCUCGUCGAGAAUGAAAAUCAGAUUGUGUUCUCGGUUGCCUUGAGGGUUCUGAACUCUAUUGCUCCCGAUGCUUGCGAAAAUGUGAAAACGGUAUUAAGCGACACCAGCCAUACCUUUAUCAAUUCUUGGAAAGAGAUUAUUAAUCCAAACGUAUUAUGGAGCGUGUGCCAUUGGCACUUGGAAAAGAAUUGGGCGAAAAAGAUCAAGAACUCGGACAUGCUUAAGGACAUUAAAAGCCUUCGACUAAUGGCCGAGCUAGGCCCUUUCACCCAAAGAUUGCUUAACAUCCAAUCGAAAUAGGAAACUUCGGAUGAAAGUGCCUCUUUGGUCGUACUUUACUACCAAUUAUGGUCCGGAUGGAGGCAAGCGCCUUUGAAUGCAUGGGCCAGGCCAUCAACGCUCGGUGUUCCUCCCCAUAACCUCCACGUCGAGCGGUAUUACCGGACGAUCAAAAAACUUUUUAAGCCGCACAUAACUUUGCGCGGUUCACCCUUGGUUUGCAUCAAGUGAACAGGGAUUCGUCCGGAAAGACCUGAUGACCAAGAAGGGAUCAGGGGUGUUGGAUUGUUCUAAGUUAUGGUUGAACUCAACAAGUGCCAUCCAUCUGAAGCCCAAAUGGCUAAGUACAGCGUCGAACGAAUUGAUGAAAACUCCACAAAGAUCAUUGUGCAACAGCCAACAGAACCCCAAACGUUUACACAAUGCGGAAAAAUCGCUUUCCUUGUAACUCUGAAUUGUGCUUAGUGCAAUGUGAAAAGUGCCUAAGGACAUGUGCGCUCAUCGAUUCACAUGCACGUGCCAACGAUAUGCUUACAGGAAUCUAUGUAAACAUAUACAUAUUUUGGCCUUAUUGGAAUUGGAGCUCCAUCUGAAAACCUGAAACAGAGCGAGUGGUAACCCACAAGACGACGCCUUGAGCCUUUCUGAAGAACGCCUUGAAAUGGAGCAUGCAGACAGAACAUUGAAGGGGAUGAAACCAUCGAUCCAAUGAACAAUACAAAGGA